GGUUGAAGUUAACGCAUCGUAGAUAUAAAUAUAUUAAAUAUUAUUAAAUAAGAAAUUAAAGAAAGAAUAAGUGUGAAGCGGAAGUAAAAAACUCAUCGUCAGAUAACUCAUUGAAACUUUCAACAUGCCGGAAAUGGAAAAAGAACUUUCAUUGUUGUGUAAAAAUGAAAAAGGAGAAAGAUUACUAAAUUUUAAAGUCCUCAAGACGAUAGGAACUGGAACGUUCGGUCGGGUAGUGAUUAGCAGAGUUGGGAGGAGUGACAAACACUAUGCAAUCAAAAUCCUCUCUAUUGUCGAUGUCAUCAAAAAGAAACAAACUGAACAUGUUAAAAGUGAAAAGAACAUUUUGUUGCAGAUCACUCAUCCAUUUAUUGUGAAUAUGAAAUAUUUUUCCCGAGAUCAACGAAACCUUUACAUGGUCUUUGAUUUUAUCGGGGGUGGCGAACUUUUCUCAUAUUUGCGGAAAGUCAAACAUUUCGAGAGUGAUACGGCCAACUUUUACACAAGAGAAAUUUUGCUUGCUUUAGAAUAUCUACACUCUCUAAACAUAAUCUACAGAGAUCUCAAGCCAGAGAAUCUUUUACUUGAUGGUGAUGGACAUUUGAAAAUCACAGACUUCGGAUUCAGUAAAAAAUUAAAGGACAGAACGUGGACGUUAUGUGGAACUCCAGAAUAUCUAGCACCGGAAAUUAUUCAGCAUCGCGGGCAUAACAAAGCCGUCGACUUUUGGGCACUUGGAAUAUUAAUAUAUGAAAUGCUGGUUGGAAGGCCACCGUUUUAUGCUAAAGAUGCAUAUGCAAUUUACGAGAAAAUAUUAGAUGGAAAAAUUGAGUGGCCAAAAACUUUUGAUAAUGUCGCGAAAGAUCUUAUAAAAAAGCUUUUGGUUUUGGACAGAACAAAGCGUCUCGGUUGUAUGAAAAAUGGAGCACGUGAUAUCAAGUGCCAUAGGUGGUUCAAGGAAAUCGAUUGGAAUGAUGUCUUCAAUAAGAAAUAUUCCCCACCAAUUAAACCUGUCAUAAAGUCAGUGAAUGAUACAAGUAACUUUGAUGAGUACAGUGAAGAGUUUUCUCCUGAAAUAGCGAAUACUGAAAACGAAGGAAUCAGGAUGUUGAGGCCAACAGUGAGAUUAAUCAUCAACUCGACAAAACUUUGUCGGUCAAUUAACGCAGUUAAUUUGCCGGUCAAAUAUGGAAAUCCUCUAAGAAUGCUUACUACGCAAAAUCAUGUGUCGAAUAAUAUUCCUCUUGCCGCUCAAGGAAGUGCUGCAUCUAAAGAUGAACUUCGAGAUUUCAUGGCAGUUUGGCCUGAUCUUGUUCGUGACUUAACAGAAUAUACAAAGAAAUACGAAACGAAUUCAGCUGCAAAAUGGUAUGCCAAAUCCCUUCAAUAUAAUGUACCGAAUGGAAAGAAGAAUCGAGGACUUGCAUUAGUGCUUGCUUUUAAAAUGCUUUCUCAAGGAAAAGAACUUUCAGAAGAAAAUUUAAAAUUGGCUCAAUGUCUUGGAUGGUGCGUGGAGAUGCUUCAAUCAGUGUUUCUUAUGGCUGAUGAUAUCAUGGACGGCAGUGCAAUUCGACGAGGUCAUAAGUGUUGGUACAAAUUAGAAGAAGUCGGUCUCUGCGCUAUUAAUGACUCGAUGAUGAUUGAAAGUGGAAUUUAUUAUCUACUCAAGAAAUAUUUUAGCGGAAAGGAAUAUUACAACGAGAUUCUCGACUUGUUUCAUGAAGCGACAUUCAUCACAACAAUUGGUCAAUUACAGGAUUUAAAAACUGCUGGCGGUGAUGUCACAACUUUUAAAAUGGAAAAGUACAAAUCAAUUGUUGCAAACAAGACGGCAUAUUACUCGUUUUAUUUACCGGUUGCAUUGGCUAUGCAUAUGGCUGGAUUUAAAGAUCCAGAAAUGUUCCGACAAACGAAAACUAUUUUGCUCGAAGUUGGAAACUUUUUCCAAGCGCAAGACGAUUUUAUUGACUGUUUCGGUGAUCCAGCAGUGACUGGCAAGAUCGGAACAGAUAUUCAGGAUGGUAAAUGCAGUUGGUUGGCAGUUGUAGCCAUGCAAAGAGCUUCUGAAGAACAGAAAAAGAUUAUGAAGGAUUGUUAUGGACAGAAAGAUCAAUUAAAGGUCGAAUGCGUGAAAGCAUUGUACGAGGAACUUCAACUUCCUCAUACCUACGAAAUUUACGAAGAAGAGUCAUAUAAAAUAAUCACAACUCACAUCCAACAAGUCUCAAGAGGUCUACCGCAUGAUCUUUUCUUUAAGAUUCUUGAAAAAAUUUAUAGAAGAAACGCUUAAACGUCUUUCAUCUUACUACAUUUCUUUUAAAUCAACAUAACUAGUUCUUCUUGGAUACAUAAAUUAAUCUCCGUACAUAAUUAAAAGUUCUUUUUUAAUUCUUUAAAUGAAUGGAAAUAUCUAAAUGGCAAUAAAUAAGUUGGAAUAAAAUUUUAACGCAAUUAACAAAAUCGAGUGUUAAUUAUGUAAAUAAUCAAUUGGAAAUGUUUCAAGUGGCGCAUUCAGAAUUGUAAUCAAUCGAAUGAGAUUUUUUUACGAAACUUUAUUUUUGGCAUAUUGACAACUAGUUUUGUCAUCAGACUCAAGCAACUAAUAAAUGCUAAUCACACGCCUUAUUUCUACUUAUUUAGAAAAUAUUUG